AUGAACUGGGUCGGUGGCAGUCGAAGCAGAAUCAUAUUAAAGCAAGAAAGGAGAAAACAAAAGGAAUAUUUUGAAAGAAAGAAACUUAAGUCGAAAAUGAAGGUCCUGGAAGUAUCAUCUCCUAAGAGUUCAGCAGUCAGUUUGGAUCUUCUUAAUCUAUAUGUGGUUAACCAGAUAUCAAUCAAAAAAGACAACACUGAGAACAUGCGGAAGCCAGUCCACAUUGAUAUCACUGAAGAUGAAAAAAAACCUAUCAGGAGACAUAACUUGGAGCUUCCCACGUCACCCCUACGAACACAGCACAAGUCAAACUUAGACAUUCUCCAGAGCAGGUUACAAAAGCAAGUUUUGGACAGCAGAAGACAGCAUCUCUCAGAAAAAGUAAAAUACCAACAUAAUCUGUCACAAGGAACGGAAUUACGCUAUAUUGAUUCUAGUAUGGAAAAUGAAGACAACAUGGCAAGAGUUUUUAGUGCUUGUCCAUUUUCCUCCUCUGGUUGUCAGUUCUCUAAGCAUACACAACUUUCAGAAGAAAAUUUCAACACAAACCUAAUGGGCAACAUUUGGGAAAAGACCUAUGAAAAUAAGCUGCAAAACCAGCCAGGAAACAGCUUUGAUCAAGACCCUUGGAAUACAAAACCUCCAACCCAGGGUAUUUUCAGGAAGUCUGAUACAGUGCCUCAGGAACUGCUGUUCAAGCCGUUUGAUAGGCCAGACUGCAUGAAUUCAGCCAGGAAAAAUCCAGUGAUAAUAGCCAGUAAUGAAUCAGACAACUGUGAAGGAAAACAAGAACCAAUAUUUGAUGUUGUGAAAGAAAUUGAAGAACUAAAAGGUCCCCAAGAGGGAAGUGGUUGUUCCUUUCUGGCACUAUUUGAAGAGGAGACUCAACCAAUCCAUAAUAAUCCUUCCACAAAGCAUUUUAAUUCUUUUUCUAACCAAAGCAACACUGAUGUUUUUUUCACUGUUCCUGAUGUUAGAAAUCAAAUUACCAACAGAAAUUAUUCUUAUGAUACUGAAAGGGUUUAUCCUGCAAUCAAUGCAAAAGAAAAUUCAGUAGACAGACACCUUGAGGGCAUUUUCACAGCUCCAGAACAGGUUUUCCUUAAAAGUAACAAUGCAUCAAGUACAAGCUAUGAGGAAACCAGUAGACUUCAUAAAACCCACCUGCAGAAAUGCCAUGAGGGACAGCACUACUUCAUACCCUGUGAAAUGAAAGGAAAAAGAGCAAACCUUGAAAAAAUUGAGACAUUUGCUUAUCACCAUGAUCAGCAGAAUGGCCUAAAGGAGAAUGUGCAUAAUUCUUCAAGAAAAAAAAGGUGAAACUUUGUGUUUGCAUUCCUCAGUGAUGACAAGCCUGUGAAAGAAACAGCCUGGAAUCAGAACCAUCUCUUUAUAUUUGAAGAGUUCACAACAGCACAAGAGGAAAGAUAUAAGUUUGGAGUGAGUUCAUAUCUUCAUGAGAUGGAGAUGGGUUAUUUUCAAGAUGUGGAGUCACCACUCAGCAGCCUGUCUCACAGUUAUUCCCCAAGGCAGACUGAGAGCUAUUUGAGCUCUAGUCCUGACACAUCUGAAGAAGAAGAGACAGCCAAAAAGAAGGAAUAUCUGAAUGAACAGUUCUUGAAGGCACAUGAUGCCUCCCUAUUCUCAGCCUCAGCAAGCAGAGAGGCUCCCAAGAGCUCCCACACAGAAAGUGUGGGUACGCAGCCCAGCAGUACUUUGGCUAGAGAAGAAGCAAACAAUCUUCAGGAGAAAAACUUUGUUUUUUGUGCCACAGAGGUGGAAAAUAAAACCCACACAGCCUUGUCUCAGGGUGCAUCACACCGUGCUCCUAAGAGGGAGCAUGUCACUCGCAGCACCAGGUGCGAUGUUUGGUCGCAGACCGAGGGCUGUGUGACAGAAAUAGAGAAGGUGGAUGUGGGCACCCAGUGUGGCACCUUGAGGGUGUGCAGCUGUGGGGGAUCCCUCCCCGCUGCCCGCAGCCCGGGCGGGGUUCGUGCACCCAGCACUGCCGGCGCUGCAGGAGAGCACGAACGGCCGGUGCAGGAGGUGCCGCAGCCCGCGGGCACCGGCAGCGCAGCUGGGACAGACGCCCUCUCCUCGGAGACCGAGUACCUCAGUUUGGCUGGCAGAAGGACUCUAGAGGUGCUGAACUACAUUGAUAAAAUGAAGGAGAGAAAUAUGCAGUGA